ACCUGGAAGUUUUAGCCUCGCUGAUUUCGAGGCGGAUUAAUUAGCCCAAGAAACAUUAUAUUCAUGCUUAGGUGGAGAAAAGCAGGGCUAGAAUUGGAACUCAAAGCCCAGAAUGGCAGGAGAGGAUGUGGGGGCUCCACCCGAUCGCCUCUGGGUUCACCAAGAGGGUAUCUACCGAGACGAAUACCAGCGCACGUGGGUGGCCGUCGUGGAACAGGGGACGAGUUUCCUAAGAGCACGAAUCCAGCAAGUUCAGGUUCCCUUAGGUGACGCAGUUAGACCAAGUCACCUUCUUACCUCCCAGCUACCUCUCAUGUGGCAACUCUACCCUGAGCAGCGCUACAUGGAUAACAACUCUCGCUUGUGGCAGAUCCAGCAUCAUUUAAUGGUCAGGGGAGUCCAGGAGCUGUUGCUUAAGCUUUUGCCUGAUGAUUAACCUGGUGCUGGGAUUCUAGGAAGAAAUGCUCCUCUGUUCUGUUCAGUAUAUGGCAAUCACUUCAUCCACC